AUGGCGGCGAGUAUACAAGAUCCAGACAGGAUUAUGGAAGCAGCUAAACAGAUCGUGAAGAGUCUCAACACAUCCAAUAAAGAGACGGAGGACAUGAUUUUAAUUCUGUCCAGCUUUGACAACCGAUUGUCGAAGAUCACCGAUAUCAUUUCCAAUUCGGAAACGGAUCAUAGCAAAGUUGAUAGUGGAUUUGAGGCCGCUGAGAAGAUUAUUCAUUGGUAUGAUACGAAUAACGAGGCCUACGAGGCUGAUGAAUAUUUGCCCGCCGUCGAUGAAAUUCUCCAACUGACUGAAGAUUUAUCGAUCCAAUCCGACGGAGAAAUGAUGGAUCGAGCCGAAAAUGCACUGCAAUUGGCUAUGUCGAGGCUGGAGGACGAGUUUCGCCACAUUUUGACUAGAAGUACGGAGCCUUUGGAUUCGGAGAGGCUGCACGGAUCAAUCCGUAGGGUUUCGUUGUCAUUUGCUUCAAAUGAUGGGGAGAUUGAGGAUUUUGGGAGUUUUGGCGAGGGUGAUCAGGUGAGUGAGUACUGUCAUGACAGAGGUGGGAGUUUGGGGGAUGAUGUGUGUGUGGACUUGAUUAGACCCGAUGCUAUGGAAGAGUUGAAGGAGAUAGCAGAUAGGAUGAUUCGGUCUGGGUAUGAGAAAGAGUGUUGUCAGGUUUAUAGUAGUGUUCACCGCAAUGUUCUUGAUGAGUGUCUGUCGAAUCUUGGUGUUAAGAAGCUGAGCAUUGAGGAGGUCCAGAGGAUGGAGUGGAGGGCAUUGGAUGAAAAGAUGAAGAGGUGGAUUCAGGCUCUUAAGAUCGUGGUUAGGUUUCUUUUGUCGGGCGAAAAGAGGCUUUGUGAGCAGAUCUUCAGUGGGUCUGAGCUGAUUCAGGAGGUUUGCUUUGUUGAGACUGUGAAAGGGUGUGUGAUGCAGCUGUUGAAUUUUGGUGAGGCUGUUGCGAUAGGAAAGAGGUCACCGGAGAAGCUGUUUCGAAUACUUGAUAUGUAUGAUGUGUUUGUGAAUGUUUUUCCAGAUUUGCAAGCAUUUUUUGAGGAUGAAUCUGGUGAGUUAGUGUGCAGUGAGGCAAAGGGGGUGCUAAAUUCACUGGGUGAAGCAGCAAUUGGGACAUUUGUGGCGUUUGAAAAUGCUGUUCAGGGUGAGCAAUCUAGGAAACCAAUACAAGGUGGUGAGAUUCACCCGCUGAGCCGGUAUGUGAUGAAUUAUCUGAAGUUACUGGUGGAUUAUAGUGACACUCUCAAUACACUCUUGAACAAUGGUGGGGAGGAAUCUGACCUUUUGCAGAAAGAUGAUGGUGAUAAUUUGGAGUUAGAAAACAUGUCUCCCAUAGCAAACCGUUUGCUGUCACUGAUUACAACUCUGGAAUCAAACCUCGAGGAGAAGUCGAGAAUGUAUGAGGAUGGUGCAAUGCAAUAUGUAUUCUUGAUGAACAACAUCCUUUACAUAGUUCAGAAAGUAAAAGACUCUGAGCUUAGGAACCUUUUGGGAGAUAAUUGGAUUCGUAAGCGUCGUGGUAAGAUUCGCCAAUAUGCCACAAGCUAUCUUAGAGCUUCGUGGAGCAAGGCAUUGUCUUGUUUGAAGGAUGAAGGGAUUGGUGGGAGCACAAGUAAUGCAUCCAAGGUGGCUUUGAAAGAAAGGUUUAAGAAUUUCAACGCAUGUUUUGAAGAAAUUUACAGGAUUCAGACAUCAUGGAAGGUUCCGGAUCCUCAACUUCGUGAAGAACUUCGAAUAUCCAUAUCAGAAAAUGUAAUUCCAGCCUACCGUGCAUUUAUGGGACGGUUUGGGAGUCAACUAGAUAGUGGAAGAAAUGCUGGGAAAUACAUAAAGUACACUCCUGAGGAUUUAGAGAAUUACUUGUUGGAUCUAUUUGAAGGAACACCUGUUGUUCUGCACCACAUGAGAAGAAAAACUAUGUAG